ACCAAAUUUUGUGCGUAAAGAUGUCUUAACACUAGUGAACGACUGUUUAAUACUGGCAAUUUGCAUUGUGAUCCUCAAAAAUCUCAGAGUAAUAGUGAUUCAAAUGCUUCACGCCAGUCACCAGGGAAUGACCCGAAUGAAAUCACUUGCCAGAUGUUAUGCUUGUUGGCCAAAUAUUGAUAAAGAUAUUGUAGGCGUUGUUCGUAGUUAUUCCAAAUGG